CCGGAGCGCGCCGCUGGGCGUGCCGCUUGCACAGGCGGGCCAGCUGAGGGGGAGUGGGAGAAGCUCCCGGGAUAGAUUUCCUCCCGACACCGACCUGCCCGACCCGUCGCGCCCCAUCUCUCUCGCUCUCGCUCUCGCUCUCGCUCUCGCUGCGAGCGCCAACCGAGCCGCCUCCACCUGCCCCUUUCUCCAGGAGGGAAAGGGCCUUUUCUUGCGCGCGGUGACGUGCCCGUGAGCUUCCGGUUCUACCGUUCUAGUAGGGAAAGGCGUGCUCGGUGCUCUCGUCCUGGUCUGCGCAAGAUGGGGCGGGGGCUAGGCGGCGCCGUCGUCUGCUCAAUGCUGGUGCUGCCGGCGCUGCUGGCGCUCGCCGCCUCGCAGCCGGCGACCCCGGCUCUGUCGCCGGCUCAGAGCGCGCCGCGGCCUCCGCCGGCCGCGAGGGCGUCCUCCCCAGUGCCCGCGGCGCCGGCUCCGAGGCAGUCGAGCCCGCCGGUGCCAGCGGUGAACCCGUCGUCUCCGCCACCCGCGGCGCCAGCUGGGAAGCCAUCUCCGUCUCCGAGGCCGGCUCCAGUGCCGCCUCCGCCCCGCGCGGCGCCGACGCCAAGGCCGUUGCUGCCGCCUGCCUCGCCUGUUCCUGUCCCAGCUGCGCCACGACCGGCCCCCAAACCGUCCCCGCCCGCGGCCCCGGCGCCAGGCCAGUCACAACCACCUGCCACGCAGCCGCCGCCGCCCUCGUCGUCGCUGGCGCCAAGGCCGUCACCGUCACCUGCCACACCGGCCCCACAGCCGCCACCGGCUCCGAAACAGUCUCCAUCACCGGCUUCACCAAAGACACCGCCCCCGCCGCAGCCUUCGUCGAACUCCACGCCGUCGACGAUCUCGACAUUGGCCCAGCUCUCGCCCAGCUUCUACGCGCAGUCCUGCCCGGGCGUGGAGCUGGCGGUGAGAGAUGUGGUCAGGUCUGCCUCCACCCUGGACCCCUCCAUCCCCGGCAAGCUUCUUAGGCUGGUCUUCCAUGACUGCUUCGUCGAGGGAUGCGAUGCAUCAGUACUGAUACAAGGUAACGGCACGGAGAGAACCGAUCCUGCAAAUCUGUCGCUUGGUGGGUUCAAUGUCAUUGAUGCUGCCAAGAGAUUGCUUGAAGUCGUGUGCCCUGCAACUGUUUCUUGCAGUGAUAUUAUCGUCCUCGCCGCAAGGGAUGCCGUUGUGUUUACCGGAGGACCGUCCGUGCCCGUGCCCCUGGGGAGACGAGACGGCCUGGUCUCGUUGGCAUCCAACGUCCGGCGAAACAUCAUCGACACCGGCUUCUCCGUCGACGCCAUGGCGGCCAGCUUCACCUUCAAGGGUCUCACCCUGGACGACCUCGUCACCCUCUCAGGGGGGCACACCAUCGGGUCGGCGCACUGCAACACGUUCCGCGAGCGGUUCCAGGUGGCGAACGGGAGCAUGGCGCCCGUGGACGCGUCGAUGAACGCGGACUACGCGAACGAGCUGAUCCGGGCGUGCGCCGCGUCGGCGGGCGCGGCCGUGGACUGCGACUCCGGCUCGGCGUCGGCCUUCGACAACCGCUACUUCGCCAACCUGCUGGCGGGGCGGGGCCUGCUGCGCACGGACGCCGUGCUGGUGCGGAACGCCACCACGAGGGCCAAGGUGGAGGAGUUCGCGCGGAGCCAGGAGGGGUUCUUCGCGAGCUGGGCGGGCUCGUACGCCAGGCUCACCAGCCUCGGCGUCAAGACCGGCGCCGACGGCGAGAUCAGGCGGACCUGCUCCAGCGUCAACGGCUGAUGAUGGACCAUGAAUGGGUCAGGGGAGCAAAGUAAUGUAGAGCGAUCUGCUUGCAUUUGUCUACCAAUAUAUGUGUAUUAGUAGGCGUUAUGUUGUGCACUUGCAAAAUUAGAAAAAAAAAUGAUGCCCAUAAUCAUAGUCACAGAUUGACCGACAGCAUCCAUAUGAAUAGAACCAUGCAAAGAUGUCACCUUGGAAGAUUUUUGUAGAAAUUUACAAAAUUCUGUCGGCUCGUGGAGUCAUGG